CUGACGGACACCAAAGGCAACGAUGAUGCGCGUCGCUCCUGAUCGCUUCGCAUCGCUGGUUCGAGUGGUGGCGACUACAGAAGAUGGACAAGAAGACGACGUGGUGGUGGAAGAGAGAGUGGUGACAGAAGACGUCGUCGCGGAAGAAGAGACAGUGGUGGGGGAGAGGAUGCAGCAAGGAAGAAGACAAGGACACCAGGGUGAAGGAGAAGCAGAAACAGAAGCGAAAGAAGGACAAGAGCACGGGAGAAACGAAGUAGUAGUUGGCGGUGGUGAUGGUUUUGACGACACAAGCGAUGCACGAACAACCGCCACAGAGAGCAGCAAACACAGCAACAGCUGCGUGGAUGGGAUUUCACGAGAAGAAGUCGGGCUCGAGUGGCCAACACGACAGAGGGUCGAGCGUAUCGCCUUUGACGGCGUAUGGUGCAGUGUGGAGCUGUACGGCAACGACGGCUUCAUCAAGAGCGUGCGGCACCCAGACCGCACGCACCGAUAUCGCGUGACAACCCCGCUGCGGACGGUGACCACAAAGCUGACCGCUGUGGUGGUUAUGCUGGCCUCUGCGCCGCGCCGUGGGUGCCUGUUUGGGAUUACCGUCACGGCAACGCCCAUGGAUGACGCGGAUGCAGGUGGCCUGGCCGCCAUGGCCGGCAUGGGCAUGGGCGGCAGUGUUGACUUUGCCCGUGUGAAGCACCUCCUGGCAGAUACCAGCCUGACGCCGCAAGCAUCGCAUCUCCUGGCCAUGGCCCAAGCCACGUCGUCAUCGCCCUCACCCAUGUUUGGAGAUGCCCUGGGAUCCAUUGCUGCUUCUGCGAUGCAGAGCCACCCCGCGCUUAUGCAGCUCUUGCAGCAGCAGCAGCAGCAGCAGCAAGGCGGCAAGGUGAAGGGGGGAGGUCAGGACGACAAGCAAGGCAGUAACGUGCAGCAGUCCUCAGCAGCGACAGCGACACGAGCAAAGGAUGCCACACACCAAGCAGCGCCGUCAGCACGGCAACAACAACAACAACAACAACAACAACAACAACAACAACAACAACAACAACAACAACAACAACAACAACAACAGCAGCAGCAGCAGCAGCAACAACAACAACAACAACAACUGGUGCCAGCACUGGAUGUUGGUCUUCACGAGCGACUGGCGGCGCUUGAACGGCAACAGGCAGAGACAAACCGCUUGCUGCUGACCAUCAUCGAUAACCAAACUACCCAAACGACGAGCAUCUCCCAUUACCCGCAACACCAUCCAUCAGCUAUCCAGCCUGAAGUGAACAGCUCCCGUCAAGAGUGUUGCUACGUCUCAACUCACCAAGGAAACCGGCAGCCCAAGUGCUGCGCCAUGGACAAUCGCUCUGUCAACAACAACAACGUCAACCGCGUGACGCACUUGCUGGUUGACUUUGAGAGCCAUGCACAGGAUGCAACCGUGGACGCGGAGGUUGGGCGCGACAGCGGGCAGCGCGCCCACGUCUCCCGACAGCAGAGCAAAGAGCACCUCCUGCACAAGGUGCACGCCAAGAUGCUGAGCAGAAGCAAAAUCACGGUGGAGGGCCAGCGCGUUCUUCUCUCCCAGGAAGAAGAAGAAACAAGCACCCACCAACACCAACACCAACACCAGCACCAGCACCAGCACCAGCAGAGACCUCACUUUGCACGAAAACUGCCGGCAGGCAGCCACAUCAACAACAGCAGUGAUGUUGAUGCUGAUGCAGGUCUUCCCAGCAACAACAAAGGCAGAAACUUUGAAGCUGAUGUUGACGACAACGGCGAUGACAGUGGUAACGAAGUCUACGACCUUCCCACAGUGCCGCUCGCUGACGCCGCCGUUGUCGACCCAUUUGCCGUGCAAACCGCCCCGGUACCACAGCAGCAGCAGCAGCAAGAACACAGCCAAGGACGGCAACAAGGUACGGAUGGUGGUGCGACAACACAGCCGCGUGACGGACCAUAUCUGGCCAUUGGUGCGAGCUGCAACGCUACCCUGCAGAAGAUGCGUGAGAGCAAGGCGACUGGCGAGUACAUCAACGUCACACCAGGUACACAGACGCACAACACCGCAACCACCGCCACCACUGCGCCCUUGACACUUCGCGAACAGCUCCAGCGUGCAGUGGCAGCGGCAAACGCGCGCAUGGCCAGGCAGGGCGAGUCACUGUACGACAACCUUGACAGCAGCAGCAGCAGCAGUAGUGAUGACGACGACCACGACGACGACGAAGAGAAAAACGAUGGAUCUCACAGCAGUGCCCAUGUCAACACAAUCGCACACGAUCACUGUACUUCCGCCCCACAACAACAACAACAACAACAGCAGCAGCAGCUGCUGCACCGCGUGUUGCAUCAACAGGCGGCACCCUCGGUGGUGAUGGGAACGAGACGCGUGUAUGAGAUUGAAGAGGACAACGAUACGAGCGCCUCUGAUGCCGACGACGAGCAAGAGACUGCCGACAACGACAACGACAACAAUGAUGUCGACGAUGUCGAAGAUGUCGACGAUGAUGAGGAUGAGGAUGACCCGAUUUAUGACAACCCCUUCUCUGACAGUUGCAAGGACGCGAACUUCACCACCACCACCAGCAGCAGCAGCACUAGCGCCGAGAGCAGCGCUACAGACCACCACCAUCACCAUCGCCACCACCACGGCCACUUUGAAGCAGCAACGCAGACAGAAACAGCGCAGGUCGUAACAACAACAACAACGACGACGAAGAAGAAGAAGAAGCUGGCAGCCAGGAACCGCAAGCGUCACAGCCUUCCGCACUAUCCUCAGCACUCGUUGGCAGCAGCCAUUGCGCAGAGACUGGAGGUGUCGAACAAGGCACAACAACCACAAUCACCACCACCACCGCCACCACCAUCAGCAGUGUCGACGCGACAGCGGCAGUUGCCACGUGCACACAAGGUUGGAUAUGACAACGUUGGUGAUGCGAAGGACGGUGGACAGUGCAGUGAUUCCGACAGCGGUGAUGAGUGGUAUCCACAGCACCAGGGCAGCGACACUGAACACGACGGUGGCAUGGGAACUGGGUUGCAGAAUGGGUUGCAGAAUGAAUACGUUCCACCGUCAACCAUUGUCACUCCGCUCUUCACCGCCAACCACACCGGUGCGCAGCCCACAACAGCAAACAGCGCAGCCACAGCAGCUGUGUCAUCGCAUGCACGCACCCACUAUCACCACCAACAACAGCAACAGCAGCAACAGCAACAGCAGCAACAGCAACAGCAGCAACAGCAGCAACAGCAGCAGCAACGAAGCACGAGGCAGGACAACACCUCCUCGCUCCUUUCGCACAAGCUGAAGGUUGCCAUGAGCCCACCGCCCUCACCAGCAGCUCUUGGUAAACAUGCCCACACCCAGCGCUACUUUGCAAGCACACACCAGCCAGCGUAUGUGCCCGUGACAACACACAGCAGCGGCAAUGACACACCCACAAUGCAGGGCAUCGCAGACGCUGUUGCAGCAGCGGAAGCAGAGGAUACGUUUGACUGUGACGACUGCCAUUAUGACACGAUUGCGUCAUCACCAUUCAGGCGCCGAAGCUCGGGCCUCAUGCUCAACGGAGCACUCGCCGCGGACGCCCCACGACCAAGGCAACAGUCGCGUGCUGGCGACUUGCAUCGCCUCCGCCGCCAAUCGCCCUCCCUCAUGCACAAGAAGCACAAACCCCGAGCACGCCUUACAAGCGCUGAGAUUGAGGCCCUGACCAUUUCGGAUGCGACCACAGCCAUGACAUACUCCGCAAUUUCGUUCUACCUCACAACCAUCCACCAGCGCAUCCUCACUCGCCGCCUCUUCACUCUCCCACACGACCAGUCCUGCCUCAGGUGGCAGUCAGCAACGAAGCGCGGCACAGACAAUCGCAUUGCCAUGUCGCACAUCCAAGAAAUCCGUUAUGGUGUGACAGUCCAAGACACCAUCGACACGUGCGGUGUUGUACUGACGCCCGCUCAGCGUGACCUUGCCUUCUGUCUCCUCUGUCGCCCACGCGAUCAUCCACCACCACCUCCGCCAAAGGCAACAUCAUCAAAACCGUCAACAGCACCAACAGCGGCAACGAGGGCGACUGGUGGUGAUGCGAGUGCCGAAGCCGACGAGCUGCAACCGCUUCUCCUCAUCGCAGAGAAUCAAAAGGAGUUUGACAUUUGGGUGGAUGCCCUAUCUCAGAUUAUCACGCGCUCCAAAGCCGUCUUCGCCUACAUGCAGGCCGGCGCCACAAUGACGUGCUGUCGUCUGCGGGAGAACACACGCAUUCGUUACACGCUCAGCAAAUGCAACACGCACCUGUGGUGGGAAUCCCCUGCGUCGAAGAAGCGCAAGGUGCUCCAGCUGUCAACCGUCAAGUUUGUCCGCGUUGGGCAGGUGACGCCGUCGUUUCGGAUGGCGAAGAAUGCCCGCCAAUUCGAGGCGUGGUCGUUCAGUCUCAUCUUCGGUGACGGGCACCGCUCAGCGGAAACCCUCGACCUCAUUGCCCACAGGCAAGAGGACUUUGAGAACUGGGUCAACGGACUGCGCAUGCUCAUCGCGGGCGCUGAUGAGUGCCAACGCAACAUGCAAAAUGGGACCCAAAUGAUCAUGAUCAAACCCAAGAGCGUACGCCAGUAUACAUUCUACCUCUCCAGCGGCAUGGCACAAAUCACGUGGGAGCCAAGCAAGAAGCCACCCAUCCCAAUUGCAUCCAUCAAGGAACUCAGAAAAGGCCACAAGACGCCCGAGUUUCUUGCACGCGCAAACGAGUUUGAAGAGUCACGCUGUCUGUCCAUCAUCUAUGGAGAGCAGUUCAAGAUGCUCAACCUUUACUGCCAGACAGACGACGACUACAAUGAUUGGGUGACUGGCUUGGAGGACCUGUUGUUUGAUGUGCAGGAGCAACCACGAAAUCUCCAGGUUCCCUCUGAAGAGCAGCUGCGAACCCUCUUCAACCGCGUCGCAGGCCGACACGCGUUUAUGAAGACCCGUCAGGUGCUGCGUCUUCUCACGGAACUUGACGCCAACUACGCAUCCAGUGUGAACCAGGAACGCACACGCGAGUUCAUGGAAAAGCACAACAAGAAGCUGGACGCUGAGGGCCUGAUUACCCUUGUGCGCAAACUGUCCACACGCGCUGAGAUUGUCGCGAUCAUGGAGAAAUACGGCUUCUUCGACGAGUACACAAACACGUGGGGGAUGGGCGUCGGGCACUUGCAGGAGUUCCUGAUCCAGGAGCAGCGCGUGCCUGCAGAGGAGGCCACGCCUGCCAUCUGCCUCGAGAUCAUUCAAGAGUUUGAGCCGGAUCCGCCUGACACCGCUGUGGCCACGCGGCCAUCGAGCCCACAGCAGUCGUCGUUGGCGCCAACAGCGAACCGCUUUGGGCGGCGGCGUUCAUCGCAGAUGGUGUCGCCGCCACGCGCGAAACUUGCUCUCUCGGAGGCAGGCUUUACCGCAUUCAUGCUCAGCGACCAUGGCGAUUGCUUCGAUCCCGUGGAAGAAAGCAUCCACAUGGACAUGACGCAGCCGUUCAAUCACUACUUCAUUUCAUCAUCGCACAACACCUACCUCACUGCCGACCAGCUCAAGGGCCCCUCCUCUGUCGAAGCGUACAUUCGCUGUCUGCUGCGCGGCUGCCGCUGUGUUGAGAUUGACUGCUGGGACGGUCCAAACGGAGAGCCCAUAAUCUUCCACGGACACACCCUCACAGGCAAAAUCCCCUUUCGCGACGUCAUCGUUGCCAUCAACGACUAUGCGUUUCGAUCAUCGCCCUACCCUGUCAUCAUCUCUGUUGAGAAUCACUGCUCCCUCAAGCAGCAGCAAUUCAUGGCCCAAUUCAUGCGGAUCAUUUUCCAGGACAAGCUGGUGGCUGAUGUGGAUCCAAACAACUUGGAACAGCUGCCGAGCCCAGAGGCGCUCAAGCACAAAAUCCUCAUCAAGUGCCAUAAACCCAUGGGCGUGUUCCACCGCAAGGUGAUUGCGGCGUACGAUGAGCAAGGCCUUCGUGAUGACGGAACCACACUGCUUCCUACGCUGGGCAUGGACGCCAUGUUUGCGAGCAUCCCGCAUCGUGGGCAGCAGGUCUCCUCCCGUACGGCCGAAGCUGUGGCGCGGCGUGCUCUUCGUCGCUCGUCCCAGCCAACAUCCCCACCACCGUCGCCACGCGCCAGGCACCCACGUAGCAGCAGCGCAAGCGCAAGCGCAUGCAUUGGCGCUGGUGGUGAUGAUGGGGAUGGCACAGGCAGCGUGUUUGAUGGCGUCAGCGAUAUUGACACUGCUGUUCCCGAUGCAGAGGAAGAUGAUGACGAGCUUGAUGACGCUGGAACAGGUGCCGAGGAUCUGGAUUACCUCAACGGUCUGCGCACCACCAUGAGCAAAGACACAACGCUCAAGCAGCAAGGGCGAGGAGAAAUCAAAAUGCACCAGGAGUUCACUGAUCUCAUCCAGUACACUGCGUCCACACCGACCUUUGAGGGAUUCCACCACGCGCUACUGUUCAACCGGUGCUGGACAAUGACGUCGUUUGGCGAAAACAGGCUGGCUGCCCUCUCGGCCAACCCAACAACCGCACACGCGCUCGUGACCCUCUCCUGCGCGCAGAACACGCGAACAUUCCCCGCCGGCACGCGCGUCAACUCGUCAAACUUUGAUCCGCAGCAAAUGUGGAUUGCAGGCUGCCAGAUGGUUGCCCUGAACUGGCAGACGGAGGGAACACAUAUGCAGAUCCACCACGGAAAAUUCAGAGCAAAUGGUGGCUGCGGUUUCCUUCUCAAACCGGCUUUCAUGCGCAACCCAGACUUUGCAUUCAACCCACACCUUAUCCACGCUUCGCAUCUGCCAGGAAAUGUGCCAGAAUUUCUUGCUGUUCGCAUCAUCAGCGCCCAGUAUCUCCCACGCUCAAAGAUUAUUCGGCCGUUUGUGAGUGUGGAGAUUCUUGGACUUCCACACGACUCUGCAACCCAGAGAACCGACAUCAAAUCAGAGGGAUUUGCGCCUUGGUGGAAUGAACAAUUUGGCUUCAACGUGCUGUGCCCGGAGCUGACCCUUGUCAGGUUCAUCGUGCGGGACCAUCGUGGAAAGAUCAACUCCCCUGGGUUUGUUGGCGAGGCCACUGUCCCACUUGUUGCCCUUCGGCAAGGUUACCGUCACAUUCGGCUGUACAGCUUCAGCGGGGAACCGCUCUCUGCAACGCUCUUUGUCCACGCCUCCCGUCAGGCGGGCAUGCUUCGAAGCGAGACGCAUCUUGGGCGUCUACCAAAGCCACCGUCAUACACGCAGCGCGACAAGGCAUACCCACAAGUGAAGCUGCCUGGUUUUGGCGACAAGAGCAUUGAUCGCAAGAGCAAGGCUGUCGUUCGUGUGUUUCGAAAGCUCAUCGCUCUCCACCAAGACAUGCUGGAGAUGCGAGAGAAGAAGCUUGACUUGGUGCCGCAGGGUGAAGCAGAGCAUGCAAGCAAGGCGCCUACGUCACAGGCAACGAGAUUGGCGCUAGCCUGUGAUGCCACUGCUGGCACAAGCGAAUAG